CCUGUGUGUGAUAAUGUUACGUAACAACCAACUACCUUAGACAUGACUAUGGGUGAUUUAAUAUUUUCACGCCUAAUCUGCAACAGAGCCAGUUAAAGGCUGUUCAUAGACGGUGGACAGUAGGCAUCAUUCAAAUAGAGAUGGCCUCUGCUACAGAUAACCGUUAUGGACAAAAGGAGUCCUCUGACCAGAACUUUGAUUAUAUGUUCAAGAUCCUGAUCAUCGGCAACAGCAGUGUAGGAAAGACCAGCUUUCUGUUUCGCUAUGCAGAUGAUUCCUUCACUCCGGCUUUCGUUAGCACAGUGGGCAUUGACUUUAAGGUGAAGACCAUCUACAGAAACGACAAGAGGAUCAAGCUGCAGAUUUGGGACACAGCAGGGCAGGAGCGCUACAGGACCAUCACUACAGCCUACUACAGGGGAGCCAUGGGCUUUAUCCUCAUGUAUGAUAUCACCAACGAAGAGUCUUUCGCUGCUGUACAGGACUGGUCUACACAGAUAAAAACAUACUCAUGGGAUAAUGCCCAGGUGCUUUUGGUGGGCAACAAGUGUGACAUGGAUGAUGAAAGGGUGGUGGCUUCUGAGAGGGGACGGCAACUUUCUGAACAUCUUGGGUUUGAGUUUUUUGAGGCCAGUGCCAAAGACAACAUCAACGUAAAGCAGACCUUUGAGCGCCUGGUGGACAUCAUCUGCGAGAAGAUGUCAGAGAGCCUUGAUGCCGGAGACCCAGCCGUCACAGGAGCCAAACAGGGUCCACAGCUCACUGAGCAGCCUGCCGCUCCACACCAGGACUGCGCUUGCUAAAAAACAACACACGCAGCCUCUCCAAUUACACUGCCCUGCACUACCAUACACAGGAUAACGGUAAAACAAUAAGGGAUAAAGGAAAAGAAAAUUCAAACUUAGCUCCUUGUAGAAUAAUUGGGUUAUCUUUUGUUUUCUACCCUGGUCCCAGGUCAGUUUGCAAGUGUAUUUUUAUUUAUUUUUCAUCUCAUAACUCACGACACUAUUUUUGAUUUUGCUGCACCACUGUUUUAGACUUGGAGAGGGAAAGCCACACUUUAAUAUUUUACGAUAAGAACUAAGUUUGGCGAAGCACAAAUCAUUGCGUGUUAGCUUCUUUCCCCCUCUGUGUGAAACUUUUAUCCGGCCUUCAUGUGCCAUCUAUUACCUCCCUGUGCUUAUUUUUCUUUCCUUCAUAUUCUGUACCAUCAGUUAUUUGCUCUCAUGCUCAACUUACGAACAAAUACUAGAGGAGAACCUUC